AUGCCGAUCAUCAGCAACGCCAACCACGACUUCAGCGCCUACUCCAUCAGCAGCGAUGACAGCAGCCUCGAUCGCUUCUUCACAGAGAUCCCAGAGACCGAGACCAUCAAGGGCGUUUACUUCAAACGCGCUCAGCUGCUUCGGGACCCCAAGGCUUCAUACGUGGUCGACCACACCCUGCAGGUUCUCAUCAAUGUUGGAGGAAACCGCUACACCUUUCCAUGGAGCACCUUGGAGCAGUUUCCCCAGAGUCGUCUGGGGCGUCUGCGGUUCUGCUCCACCCCUGAGGAGAUCGCACGGCUCUGCGACGACUACGAUGAGACUCGCCAGGAAUACUUCUUUGACCGAAACCCGACAGCUUUCAGGGUCAUCCUCAACUUCCUGGCGGCAGGGAAGCUCCGCCUGCUGCGGGAACUGUGCGCCGUGUCCCUGCACGAUGAGCUGGAUUACUGGGGGGUGGACCCCGGACAUAUGGAGCGCUGCUGCCGUCGCCGAAUGAUCACCAGGGUGGAAGAGGUGACCGACCGAGAGCGCAAAGAGGAGGAGUGGAGGCAGAAGAGGAUGACGCUGAAGAAAAACACCCGUCCCAAUGAAAAAGGGUACCGCCGACUGACCGGGGCGCUGAGGGAGGUGGUGGAAAACCCUCAGUCCGGGUUGGCGGGAAAGACGUUUGCCUGUCUGUCUGUGGUCAUGGUGCUGGUUACCGUCAUCAGUCUCUGCAUCAGCACCAUGCCAGACCUCCGAGAUGAAGAGAACAAGGUGAGUACGAGACGGACAGACACAUGCUGACCAAACAGGUUCAUUACAGAAGGUUUCCAAGACCCGACAGACCAGAGUCAUCAAACCAGAGUCACCCCCGACCUCCACCUUCAUCCUGAUCGUCUCCUAAAAGGUCGUAUCCUCCGAUCGUAGCUGAUCGUAACCAUUCAAGUUAACGUGUCGAUUUACACCGACUUCUUUCCGUUCCUCUGCGGAUCGCCGGACUCCUCAGCUGAUCACAAGAGUUCUAUUUUUUCUGGACGCCGGAGCAUGGCGGAUAAAUUCAGCACAGAUUAACCCGUGCUGGAAAGGAAGUCGGGCACAGACACAAAAUAAAACAUCCGGCUUCUUUUCAAAAUAAAACACUCCGUGUUUCAGGAGGAUCGUAUUUCACACCAUGCAAACGGGCGGAGACGAACAAGUGAAAGGUUUUUAGACGUCAUUUCACCCCGAUGACACCAUGGAUGAGGAGAUGCUGAUUCUAGAAGUCUAGAAGUAGAUUUCCUCCUCUGGAAGGACACAAUCUACUGCUUAUAUGUCUAUGUGUCUGUCUUUAGAGAGACGACUCGUUAUCGAGCGAUUGAACGUGAAUCCGCGGGUUCUUGUGAGUUCUCAGAUUACAGCUGUCCGUAAUCCACCAUGAAAUUCGGCUCAUGGAACGAAAUGGUGGAUGGCGAAAACCUCCACCGUUGCGGAUCAGAGCGGUUCUGGAUUUGGUGAAAAUUGGGGGUUAGGUCUAGGCGCUGGUUGUCUACUCAGUAGCUCAGGAGGUAGAGCGGUCGUCCAAUAACCAGCAGGUUGGCGGUUCAAUUCCCCCCUAUCCUGAGUCUGUCCGUCGUGUCCUUGGGCGAGACACUUAACCCACCGUACUCCCAGUGUGUGUCCUCCACUGGUGUGUGAUUGUGAGUGUUGUGUGGUGGUGGUCAGAGAGACCGUAGACGUAAACUGGCAGCCAUGUUUCUGUCAGUCUGCCCCAGGUCAGCUGUGACUACUAAGGUAGUUUACCACCGCCAAGGUGUGACUGUGUGAGCGAAUGAAUGAUGGAUCCAAUGUAAAGCACUUUGAGGGUCUCUGAUAAAGCGCUAUAUGAAAUCUGAUGCGUUAUUAUUAUUAUUAUUAUAAAGGUAGAACAGAAAAACGUCAGCGCUCGUUCAGAGAACAAACCGUUUCUCUUCGGUCAGAAUCAGGAUGUAAUUUUAGACUUUUCCUGAAACAAAGCAGGACGACAAAUGAAGCUCAGAUAGGAAAUCUAUGUGAACAUCUAGACUCCUGCGUUGAACUCGGCUCUCUGUGACGAGGUUCUUCAUGGUCAGCGGAGAUGAAACGAAUAAAAACAAGUUGAGUUUAGUGACGCUUGUCGAGGGUCAGCCCGGUUUAAAUCAUGAUCUCUGAAGAGGUUACUGAAGGUCAGGUCUGUGUGUGUGUGUGUGUGUGUGUGUGUGUGUGUGUGUGUGUGUGUGUGUGUGUGUGGUCUCCCUGACUCUAAAACAGGUUGAGAUCUUAAAGGCGUCCAGCCGCCUGCCUGAGGCGUCUGCAGGAUUGAUUGUAUAAUAGUGAUCAGUGUGAACAGGCUGAACGCUGUGAGACUGCUGUGGGAUUGUGGGAUUGUGUUUUGGAAGCCUGAAUAAUCAGUGGAUUGAUUUCUCCCUGAUGUACCUGCGGUCAAUCACACUCAUCAGGACGCCAAGAAAAUGAGGCAUCGAUGUUCUCAGAGGCUGAAACACAAAGUCGUGUGUCUGAUGGUUCGAAAUUCCUCUGAACAAACGCUCAGAGCUGCCAAACCUCCUGUCAUUAUUCUUCUGUUUUACUACAGAAACUUGUUCCUGAAACUGUUUUUGUUUACAGCUCUGCAAACAGAGAAAUCAGUUUGAGCGGCUGAGGAAGCAUCAACAACGAGACCGAAACAGACGUCCAACAUGACCACGUCUGUUUCUGACAGAUUAUACAGAAUAAUUAUAAAGACCUGCUGUAGAUUCAGUUUUUUCUGCAUUUGUGGUCUGAACAUUAAAGAUCAGGACUCAGCAGGAUUUGGUGUCUGCAGACCGAUGACCAGGAAACCAGAGAGACUAUUUACAGAGAAACUGAGACCUCCUGUGAUGCCUCUGUGUAACUUCACAAUGAAGCAAACCGCCGACCUCCACCUUCAUCCUGAUGGUCUCCUAAAAGGUCGUAUCCUCGGAUCGUAGCUGAUCGUAACCAUUCAAGUUAACGUGUCAAUUUACACCGACUUCUUUCCGUUCCUCUGCGGAUCGCCGGACUCCUCAGCUGAUCACAAGAGUUCGACAUUACACAUUUCAACUGUGGUCAGAAUCUGGUUUUGGAUCAUCUGAAGAAUCAUCUGAAGGUCUUCCCUGAAAAUUCUUUGUCUGGAUGGACGCAGAUGUUGCUCUUAAACCUGGAGAUCUUGUUUAAAACUGAGGAUGCAGCAUCUAUGAUUUCCAGUUCUUUGUUGAAAGGACAGUUGGACCUACUUGGGACGUCCCAGGUAGGUCCAACUGUCCUUUCCAAAAGAGUGUUACCCCCAAUCUCCACCUUCAUCCUGAACGUCCACCAUGCAAACGGGCGGAGACGAACAAGUGAAAGGUUUUUAGACGUCAUUUCACCCCGAUGACACCAUGGAUGAGGAGAUGCUGAUUCUAGAAGUCUAGAAGUAGAUUUCCUCCUCUGGAAGGACACAAUCUACUGCUUAUAUGUCUAUGCCACAAAAUUCACCUCCCAAACGGAUCCGGUAGGAAUUGGCAGAUGGCGAACGUCACUGUCGUUCCGGAUCAGAGCGGUUCCGGAUGUGGUGAGCAGGUUCAUGUCUCUAAAUAAAACCUUUUAACAGUCAAACUGAGACUCACCUGAUCCCCGACAGCGGUGCGGUGCGGUGCGGUGCGGCUCACGUCGAUGAUGCUGAAGGAUCAGAAUUGAAUCUAAAACUGUGAUUAUUAAAUGUCAAACAAAUUCAUGACAGGUUCCCUCUCUGCUCCUGGAGAAACGGACUUCAAAUGUUCAGUUUGGGGUUUAUUUGUGCCGUUCAAACCAAAGUAUUGACCUGUAGCUCUGAAUGAAAGCGGCGCUCUGUCAGUAAACACGAGCUGCUCGUUAAAAAGCCUGCGCCUCCAUCCCAAGGUUGUAAUUUAAGCUUUUUAUGUAGUCGCUCGGUGUCGGUGAAAAGCAUUCCUCCUCUUCUUUCAUUCAGGCGGCUUUUAAAGACUCUGAAAUGGAAAUGGAUUUUUUUUCCUGAGAACCCAAAGAAAGAGAGUUCAGACGGAGAGCUGUGCAAACAUGCAUCACUGAAAAGAUGUUGUGAAAAUCAGUGACAGCAAACCCAACAUUUCUCCAUAUUUGGCAGAAGGUCUUUUGUCAGAGACUGGAGGGUUUGAGUUUAUUUGAACUGUUGGACAAAAAUACUGUGGAAGAUAAAACAUGAGCCUAAAAAGCCUUAAAUGGACCUGAAGGACAAUCUGUACCGAGAAAUCAACAAUCUGAGCGAGAGAGAGCAGCAGGACCACCGGAGGAACCACGAGAGGAAGAGGAAGACAGCCCUCAGUUCAGGUCAGGAGGUCGUCCUGAAGGGACCAGGGCGGGAGCAGCAGGUGACGAGCUGUUCUGAUUGGAUAUUACUCCCCGUCUAUUCAGUGGUGGGUCAGAGGACCCAGGGUUCACGGGCCCCUCCUCGGCUCGGGUCGUGGAAGCAGCUUGAGUGGAUCUGACCCCAGUUUUCACCGCAGCUCCGAUCCGGAACAGCGGCGAUUUUCGCCGUCCGCCAAUUCCUACUGGAUCCGUUUGUGAGGCGGAUUUAAUGUUGGAUCACAGAGAGCAGGAAUCAUGAGAACUCCAGAGUCGUCUCUCUAAAGACAGACACAUAGACAUAUAAGCAGUAGAUUGUGUCCUUCCAGAGGAGGAAAUCUACUUCUAGACUUCUAGAAUCAGCAUCUCCUCAUCCAUGGUGUCAUCGGGGUGAAAUGACGUCUAAAAACCUUUCACUUGUUCGUCUCCGCCCGUUUGCAUGGUGUGAAAUACGAUCCUCCUGAAACACAGAGUGUUUUAUUUUGAAAAGAAGCCGGAUGUUUUAUUUUGUGUCUGUGCCCGACUUCCUUUCCAGCACGGGUUAAUCUGUGCUGAAUUUAUCCGCCAUGCUCCGGCGUCCAGAAAAAAUAGAACUCUUGUGAUCAGCUGAGGAGUCCGGCGAUCCGCAGAGGAACGGAAAGAAGUCGGUGUAAAUUGACACGUUAACUUGAAUGGUUACGAUCAGCUACGAUCGGAGGAUACGACCUUUUAGGAGACGAUCAGGAUGAAGGUGGAGGUCGGCGGUGAGAGUUUCUCUGAUCCGCAGACGUGGACCUGUGUGAGGAUCAGUCCUGGUUUAAAAACUUCACUAAACUGAGAUACUGAAGAGUGAACUGAUUGAUUGAUUGAUUGAUUGAUUGAUUGAUUGAUUGAUUGAUGAUUGAUACCUCUAACCUGACCUGACUGUAGAACAGCGGACUGUCCCUUUAAAGCGGCGGCUCUGUGUGUCUCGGCAGGGCGAGUGCUCUCAGAAGUGUCGCAGCAUGUUCGUGGUGGAGUCGAUCUGCGUCGCCUGGUUCACCCUGGAGUUCGUGCUCAGAUUCGUCAACGCUCAAAGCAAACUGGCGUUCGCCCGCGGCCCCCUCAACAUCAUUGACGCCAUUGCCAUCCUGCCGUACUACGUGUCCCUGGUAUUUGACAUCAGGGAGGAGUCUGAGGAGGACGUCAUCAUGGGGGCCGGGAGAGGAUACCUGGACAAGCUGAGUCUGAUCCUGCGUCUGCUGCGGGCGCUGAGGAUCCUGUACGUCAUGCGUCUGGCUCGCCACUCUCUGGGCCUGCAGACGCUCGGACUCACCAUGCAGCGGAGCAUCCGCGAGUUCGGCCUGCUGCUGCUCUUCGUCUGCGUCGCCGUCACCCUCUUCUCGCCACUUGUGCACCUCGCCGAGAGUGAGCUGGCGCCGUUCGCAGCCACACACCCCCAACACAGCUUCAGCAGCAUUCCCGCCUCCUAUUGGUGGGCCAUCAUCUCCAUGACGACAGUUGGAUAUGGCGACAUGGUGCCGUGGAGCAUCCCUGGACAGAUCGUCGCCCUCACCAGCAUUCUGAGCGGCAUCCUCAUCAUGGCGUUUCCCGCCACCUCCAUCUUCCACACCUUCUCCCGCUCGUACCAGGAGCUGAAGCAGGAGUACGAGCGUCUGUGGAAGGAGGAGCGAGGGGAGGAGAUCGCCGCCGAGUCCGAGGGGAGCUGGUCAAAGGCAGAUCUGUCGCCCGAUGAGCUCAUGUCCAUGGAAAAUGACGUUCUGAUGUCAGACAGGGGUCACCAGUCGACUCUCCCGUCUACGGCGUUCUGA